AUGUCUCUGCUCGGUCUCCCAAACGAACUACUACUUCUGAUCAUCGAGGACCUGGAUAGUGAGAAGGAUAUUCUUUCUGUUCUAUUGGCAAGCCCCCGGGUCUAUGCUAUCCAGCAAGCAGACCCUCUAUACAAACACAACAUUAGGUACUCCGGGAGUUCAGCACUGCGAUGGUACUCGGCGAACGGGCGCAAAUCAGCUGUGGAGGCACUGCUCCAAAAGGGUGCUAACAUAGAGUGCAAAGACUAUGCCAGUAACACACCAUUGAGCGUUGCUGUUUGCAAUGGACAUGAGGAUAUAGCCAGGCUGCUGCUUGAGAAAGGUGCUGAUAUAAAAUUUAAAGAUAGCUAUGGCAGUACGCCGUUGACAGCUGCUGCACACUCUGGAUAUGAGAGUAUAGUCAAACUGCUGCUCGAGAAAGGUUCUGAUAUAGAAUCUAGAGAUGGCUAUGACUGGACACCAUUAGCAGUUGCUGUGUUCUCUGGAUAUGAGAAUAUAGUCAAACUGCUGCUCGAGAAAGGUUCAAAUAUAGAGUCUGAAGAUAAUCAUGGCUGGACACCGCUAACAGUUGCUGUACUCUCCGAAUAUGAGAGCAUAGUCAAACUGCUGCUCGAGAAAGGUUCUAAUAUAGAAUCUGAAGAUGGUCUUGGCUGGACACCACUGACAUAUGCUGCUAUCCAGGGAAAUGAGAAUGUGAUCAAGCUGUUACUCCACAACGGCGCUGACCCCGGGCGAGCGAGUCUCACGUUCGAGCAGGUCGCCAAAUUAACACGCCUUUUGAAGUGA